CUUUAUUUUGAUAUUCACACCGCCGAUGCCAGUGCUGAGUCGUUUUCUAAAAACAUGGGACAUUUUCCGACAUAUCAGGCAAAACGUGGGCCUCUAGAUGGAAACUUUUUCUUCCUUCUUUUUUCUGUUGUUUCCUUUUGUUCUUGGAGAUAAAUGAGCCAUUUAAUGUCCUGAAACAUCAUGCUAGAUGGCUGGCUGGCCAGUUUUUAAUGGUGGACGAUCGCUUUUCCAUAAGGAGAAGAGCGGUUGAAGAGAGAAAUGGUGCUUUGGCGCCAUUCUAGCAUGUAAGAUUCUGGCAUUCCAGUGUUAAAUUCAUUGCCCUCUUUCUUGUCUACCCGCCGGUCAGUUUCUGAUCUGUUUCUUUCCGGAAACUCCCCCCUUUCUUUCUUCGUUUAGCCAUGAGAUUGUCGAUUGGCUUUAUGGGGUUAAGCAUUCAUAUUCUGUAAAGGGUUCUCUGAAUUUCCUUCAAGUCCUCGAGUUGGUAGUGUUGCAGCGAUAGCAGUGGAUUGAGCUCCCAAUGCUGAACAAGUCUUCCCAUAAAAAAACUUGUCACUUGGACGUCCUUAACAAUGGUCAUAUUACUCUGGUCUUCAUGGUGGAUUGACUUCAGAAGGUAGACAAGAGGUGUACAUGAACAGGUACGUCUAUGCUUCCUGCGACUCUUGAGUUAUGCCCCGUCCAAGUAAUAGCGUCAGUCUUGAGGUUAUCGUGUCUCAAGUGACGAGGAGGUUUUUUCAGAAAAUUAAAGGAAAGCAGUGUUUCUGAGUAAAAGUAGCUUUUUGGGGUUGAAAGAAGAUCUCUACUGGGUUGGGAAGUCUCGUGGAUUUCCAUGAAAAGCAUGUAAUCUGGAAAGUAUUCGGAUAGUAAUAAUUGCAGGAAAAAAUGCCAACAGUGUGGUUUGCUCUGAAAAAAUCCCUCCAUUGCAAAUCUGAGCCCGCCGAUGUUUAUGAUCCAAGGACGAAGCGGCAGCUGAGCUCAAUUCAGACCAAGAAGUCUGGUAGGUCUGGUUGUUCAAGAUCCAUUGCCAAUCUCAAAGAUGUCAUUCAUGGUAGCAAACGACACCUGGAUAAGCCCCCAAGCUGCAGUCCUAGGUCCAUAGGAAGCAGCGAGUUUCUCAAUCCAAUAGCACAUGAGGUCAUUCUGAGCAACUCAAGGUGUGAGCUGAAGAUUACAGGCUUCAAUGGUGCUCAUGAUGAUGGCUCCACCUUUGUGGGCACCCUUAGGCCUGGUACCCCUGGUCCUGGGGGACAGAGUGGCCUUCAUUACGGCCCUUCUUUUGGUGGAAGCUUUGCUGCAACGCCUCCAAGAAAGUCCCCUGGCUUCCAUAUCCCGCACAGAGAUCAGUCCAAGCACGGUGGUUCUGCUCUAUCUGCUGCUAUCUUUAGCGGGACCGGUCUUCCGGUGUCCAGCCGAAGGUUCUCACGCAGUUCUGAAGCUCAAGGAUGUGCAAAUGUGACUUGCCACAAAUGCGGAGAACAGUUUGGAAAGUGGGAGGCUCUUGAAUCGCAUCAUCUCGCCAAACAUGCAGUUACUGAGCUGGUUGAAGGUGAUUCAUCUAGAAAGAUUGUGGAGAUUAUCUGCAGGACAAGCUGGUUGAAGUCUGAGAGCCACUGUGGUAGAAUAGAAAGGGUCUUAAAAGUUCAUAACAUGCAAAAGACACUUGCUCGAUUCGAAGAAUACAGAGAAAUGGUGAAGAUAAAAGCCAGCAAGUUGCCCAAGAAACAUCCACGUUGCCUUGCUGAUGGCAAUGAAUUGUUGAGAUUUUAUGGCACCACUGUCACAUGCUCGUUAGGCAUGAACGCCUCGUCCAACCUCUGCAUAUCUGAAAAAUGUAGUGUAUGCCGGAUUAUCAGACAUGGGUUUUCUACAAAGAAGGAAAUGAAGGGAGGAAUUGGAGUCUUCACCACUUCUACUAGUGGAAGAGCUUAUGAAUCCAUUGAAGUGUACGAUGACAACCCCUCAGUGAGGAAGGCUUUGGUUGUCUGCAGAGUUAUCGCAGGUCGAGUUCACAAGCCAUUAGACAAUAUUCAAGAAAUGAGUGGCCAGUCCGGCUUCGACUCCUUGGCUGGAAAAGUGGGUCUCUAUUCUAACAUCGAGGAGCUCUACUUGCUCAAUCCUAGAGCUCUACUACCAUGCUUUGUGGUAAUCUGUAAAUCAUGAACAGAUCCCGUCCUUGGCCACAUCGUAACUAUUCUAGACAUUGUGGUACAUAAUUUUGAUGGAUCUCACAGCAGUCAAAGGUCAUGCUUUCAGCUCAGAUAUGCUUGUAUUCCUUUCAACCUUAAGAUCAGGCAAAGAGAUCCACUUUAUUUUGUUAUCAUUUGGUUUCUGUACAUUCCACUGCAACUGUUAUUGUACUAUUGAAUCGAUGGGAGUGACGUACUUAUGGAUUGAGUUGGUCCAUAUUGAUGAAACAUGCAGGAUUUCCAAGCUGCGAUCCAUGUUAUUGGUUU